AUGUCUGUUACUUUGGAACUUCCCUUGGCUCUUCACAUCCUCGACUCUGUUCUUGCUGAAAGCAAGUACAUUGCCUCCAAUGACAAGGCUACUGAUGCUGAUGCCGCUGUUGCUAAGGCUUUAGGUUCUGCUCCUUCUGCCGAAUUCACUAAUGUUGCCAAGUGGUUCUCCGAAGUCAAGCCUGCUGAAGCUGCCCCUGCUGCUGAAGCCGCUGACGAAGACGACAUUGAUCUUUUCGGUUCUGAUGAUGAGGAAGUUGAUGAAGAAGCUGAAAAAAUCAAGGCUCAACGUCUUGCUGAAUACAAUGCUAAGAAGGCUGCCAAGCCCAAGCCUAUUGCAAAGACCACCAUCACUCUUGAAAUCAAGCCUUGGGAUGAUGAAACUGAUAUGGAUGCCAUGACAAAGGGUGUCAAGGACAUCACCAUGGAUGGUCUCCUCUGGGGUGGUCACCAACUUGUCCCUAUUGGUUACGGUAUCAGAAAGCUUCAAAUCAACUGUGUUGUUGAAGAUGAUAAGGUUAUGUUGGAUGACUUGACUGAUCAAAUCACUGCUUUGGAAGACUAUGUCCAAUCCGUUGACGUUGCUGCUAUGCAAAAGAUCUAA